GCCGCUGCGGCGGGCGCCUCCCGCCACCAUGGGCGCCGCCGCCGCGCUGCUCGCGUUGCUCAUGCUCCUCGGCACUGCUGAUGCUCAGUCAAAACUGACCUCCGAACAGAAUGCCAUAAGCCUCUCUUCUGGCAAGUACCGCCACCUCGACCGUGCCACUAACAAAGAGCUCAUCUGCGACAAAUGUCCCGCAGGGACCUACGUGUCUAAGCACUGUACAAAGAGUACCUUAAGAGAGUGCAGCCCGUGUCCGGAUGGGACUUUUACCAAGCAUGAGAACGGCAUAGAGCGAUGCCACGCUUGUAGGAAACCUUGCGAACUGCCAAUGAUUGAGAAAACUCAUUGUACUGCCUUGACUGACCGUGAGUGCACUUGCCUGUCUGGCACGUUUCAGACUAAUGACACCUGCAUCCCUUAUACCGUGUGCCCAGUCGGCUGGGGCGUCCGCAAGAAAGGAACCGAGACGGAAGACGUUAGGUGCAAGCCGUGCCCUCGUGGGACCUUUUCUGAUGUGCCUUCCAGUGUGAUGAAGUGCAAAACAUACACUGACUGCUUUGGGAAAAACAUGGUGGUGGUCAAGCCAGGGACGAAAGAGAGUGACAACGUCUGCGGUUCUCCAGCGUCUCUUCCUAAUGCAUCUUCGUCUUCAUCAAACCCAGAAGCUGGUGGAGAGCCCUAUGAAGUUCYGUCAACUUCUUACCCUCCCAAAGGUGUGAACUCCUCCGCUCCCGGUUUUGCUCCCUCUCCCACAGCACCCGCAUACAAUGGCACGGCGGAGCUGCCUGGGUACUACAACGACACCUCCGUGAAUGACACGGACGGUGCCAAGGGGAUCCUCGCGGACGCCGGYGCCGCGAGCCGCGUGCAGAACUACCGGCACAAGCACACUAGCCAAGCGCUYGAGAAGCAGCCGUCCAUGGAGAUGACGAGCAGUGAAAAGUCCAGCAUCCCGUACAGGCCCCCCAGGAGAGGGCCGCCGAGCCCCCACAAGCACUUCGACAUCAACGAACACUUGCCCUGGAUGAUCGUCCUCUUCCUCCUGCUGGUCCUCGUCGUUAUAGUCGUCUGCAGCGUCAGGAAGAGCUCACGAACUUUGAAGAAGGGCCCUAGGCAAGAUCCCAGUGCCAUUGUGGAAAAGGCUAUCAUGAAAAAAUCCACAACCCCGACGCAGAACAGGGAGAAGUGGAUCUAUUACUGCAAUGGGCAUGGCAUUGACAUCCUGAAGCUCGUGGCGGCCCAGGUGGGGAGCCAGUGGAAGGAUAUCUACCAAUUCCUGUGCAACGCCAGCGAGCGGGAGGUGGCCGCCUUCUCCAACGGCUACACGGCCGACCACGAACGGGCCUACGCGGCCUUGCAGCACUGGACCAUCCGCGGGCCCGAGGCCAGCCUCGCGCAGCUCAUCAGCGCCCUGCGCCAGCACCGGCGCAACGACGUCGUGGAGAAGAUCAGGGGCCUCAUGGAAGACACCGCCACGCUGGAACCUGACAAGCUGGCGCUCCCGGUGAGCCCCAGCCCGCUCAGCCCCGCGCCCAACCCUGCGCCGAAGCCCCCCGAGGCGGCCGCCCUCACCGUGGAGCCCUCUCCCUCGGAGAAGAAGUGCUUCUUUGUGGACGAGUCGGAGCCCCUGCUGCGCUGCGACUCGACGUCCAGCGGCUCCUCGGCGCUCAGCCGGACGGGCUCUUUCAUUACCAAAGAAAAGAAGGACACAGUCUUGCGCCAGGUGCGCUUGGACCCUUGCGACCUGCAGCCCAUCUUUGAUGACAUGCUGCACAUUCUGAACCCCGAGGAGCUCCAUGUGAUCGAGGAGAUCCCGCAAGCCGAGGACAAGCUGGACAGGCUAUUUGAGAUCGCCGGAGUCAAGAGCCAGGAAGCCAGCCAAACCCUCCUGGACUCUGUCUAUAGCCACCUUCCCGACUUACUGUAGGCAUUGGUCACCACGCACUCUCUCGAAUAUCUGCUAGAACUAGCUUGGCACUCAUUAAGAUGAUCGACAAUAUGCAGGCAGGUUUUGUUGUAGAAUACAUGGCCAGUAUUUUCUUCGAGGUGUCCUUGGUUUCUGGAGGGGGACAGUUUGUGAGCAUUGCACCUUUCAAMCUUAACUAUUGCUCAAUUAAAGUCUUUGCACCCUCUGCCCCCUUCCGAGUCUUUCUUUUYUUGCUCUCCUUCCAAUCAGAUCAGUCGAUGCACUUUAAAAUGCAGUUAAUGAACUAGAAGACCACAAAUCUGGUGUAACUUAUACAUUGAAUCGGGGAUUGCUCUGUAACACAUUUCAGUUCUGUCAAAACUGUUAUUCUGAAUGGCUCUCUCCUGCUACCUCCCCUCUGCCUUGGAGUGGUAAAUGGUAAACCAUGCAAAACUGAUUGUUGCUCUUACCUUCUCUAAUGCGCCUAGCUUCCCCCAAGUUGACUUUUUUAAUGUACUCUUGUAUAGCUCAUAAUCAUUGCUGAAAUUUUACUAGCACGGUUAUUUAUUGUAUGGUUUUCACCUGGACAACGCGUUGUGCUCCUAUAAGCUAAAACAGAAGUGUUUUAAUGAAAUUAAGAGGUUCAGUUCCACCAACCUUCAAGAUUAUAAAACGGUCCUUUGCCUGCGGUCGAAUGUAACCCAAAUGAGGAAUAUCUUGCCUUGCCACUUAAGAGAACAGCAGGCCCUGAAUCARUCAUUGCAAUCAGCACUGGUGCUGGACUUUGGGAGGUGAAGGCAACUGCUGGUGG